CGUCUCGUGUCGCGAGAAUAUAGCAUAGUAGAAAAAUCAGUUUCGUAGACAGAAGCUUAAUUAAAUCCUUAAUUAAAGUCUUAUGUUAUUAAAUUUCCAAGAUAUUUCAUUAAUUUUCAAUAAAGUGUUUUAUUUAUUUUCAAUAAAAUACCUUAACAAAGGAUUAUAUUGUCCUUUUCAAAAUAAAAUUCUUUCGUACUUAUAUUUCAGCUGUUAAAAGCAUUUCAAACUUUUUAGUAAAAUAUCAGUAAAAGCGAUAAUAAAGCGAAACAGACGGAAUAGAUAUUUAUAGACAAUAAACAUUCAUGCAUUACAGUGAAGAGAUAAGAAACUAGAUGUGUACAGUGUUGCAAUUUUAAGAUUGUCAGUUUGAUACUUAAUUGUCGGAAACUCAAAUCUGUUAUCGUGUUAGAAGGUCGCUUUUGCAAUUACCGUAAGAUAAAGACGUUGCUUCUAAGGAAACUAUUUUUCUUUAAAAAAAAAUUGAGAAAGAAUACAGAAUAACUUUGUACACGCGAUUUAUGUUCUCUUAUUAAGUCUGACAUGGAUGUUAAGCUUGAUGCAUCACGACGUGGAAUGCAUCACGAAGGUACGAUGCUUUCUUGGCAAAACUUAUCCGUUUACGCGGUGGAUCAGAACCAACGCACUAUAAGCAAGCAGCUCAUCAAUAACGUCCGAGGUGUGGUACGGCCUGGUGAAAUCACCGCAAUCUUAGGCGGCAGCGGUGCUGGAAAAAGCUCGUUGAUGACAGCAUUGGCGUUUCGCGCGGAAGCCGGCGUCGUGGUGCAUGGUGAUGUUCGCGUCAAUGGUGUAUCAGCCAGUUCGUCGUACAUGAGACGUCACAGCGGCUUCAUGCAUCAGGAAGACAUGUUCAUCGAGACGAUGACGGUGCUUGAGCACAUCUGGUUCAUGGCUAGAAUGAAAUUGGACGGGAGGAUCCGGUCCUUGGACAUUCGUCUCAAAAUCGAUCAGUUGCUCAGAGACGUCGGUCUGAUCGAGAGACGUGACGCUCGUAUCGGCGGCGGUGACGAUGACAAAGUCUUAUCGGGCGGAGAAAAGAAGAGGCUGACUUUCGCCACUGAGCUAUUGACAGAUCCAGAAAUUCUGUUCUUGGACGAGCCAACAACGGGGCAGGACGCGCAUUCGGCCAGUGUCCUCGUGUCGCACAUGACGUCUUUCGCGUUGAGGAAUCGUACCGUUUUGUGCACCAUACACCAGCCGAGUUCCACUAUCUUCGAUAGCUUCCAUCGUAUAAUCCUUUUAGCCGGCGGUAGAGUGGCGUUUGCUGGUACCAGUACGCAAGCAAUACAAUUUUUCUCCAGUCAAGGCUACGAGUGCCCGUGGAAUUAUAAUCCGGCCGAUUUCCUGGUGACGACUUUAGCGAUCGCACCCAGUGGCGCGGAUGGUAGCGGAAGAGUCGCGCAGAAGAUAUGCGAUGCGUUUUUCACGAGCGAAGCCUGCAACGAGAUCGAUGCUGUAUUGCAGCAGGAACUGGAUGCCGCACGUUCGGAGAUUCCCGGAAAUAAUCGCGAGUCGCGCGCUUUCGUGGAACCGCGUUGCUGGUUGCAACUCUACUGGCUAAUCCAUCGCGGAUUCUUGCAAGUUGUGCGAGAUCCCUCGGUUCAAUUGAUCAGAGUACUGCAGAAAGUGAGCAUCGCGACGACCGCCGGCCUGUGUUUCGUAGGCGCCGUCAACCUCAAUCAAUUAGGCAUUCAGGCAGUGGAUGGUGUCAUAUACCUCCUGGUGUGCGAAAACACGUUCUUCCCCAUGUACGCGACCUUGGCGCUGAUCCCGCAGGAGCUGCCGCUUCUUCUUCGAGAAUACAAGGAGGGCAUGUACUCCGUCCAUCUUUACUACCUGGCGCGAAUGAUAUCGCUGGUACCCGGACUACUGGUGGAACCAAUCUUGUUCACCGUGAUAAUGUAUUGGCUGGCGGGUUUACGUCCCGCGAUGGAUGCUCUCGGCCUGACCAUCCUGGUGGUUAUAUUUACGAUGAACGUAUCUACCGCUUGCGGUAAGCCUUUCCAUCUGUUUCAAGUAGCAUUUUCAACGACAGACUAUCUCUGUUUACAAGAACUCUUUCGUCUUUCAGGAUGUUUCUUCUCUGCUGUUUACCAGAGUGUGCCACUGGCAAUGGCAUAUCUGGUGCCCUUUGAUUAUGCUCUUAUGAUUACUAUGGGACCUUUCCUUAAACUUGGCUCAUUACCCUUAUACUUACGAUGGAUAAGAUACUUCUCUUGGCUGCUGCACUCCACGGAAGCUCUCACCAUUAUCCAGUGGAGAGGCGUGCAUAAUAUAUCCUGCGAAACGACCGAGCUACCCUGCCUCACCGAAGGCGCCGAGGUGCUGGACCGCUACGACUUCGACGAACGCAACUUCUGGCCCGACAUCGUCCUCAUGACUGCCAUUUACGCCGUUUUCCACUUGCUGGCAUACGUCUUCCUGUGGAGGCGAUGCAGAUCGAAAUGAACUAAUCUUAAUGUUGUCGGAGCAGAUGUCGUAGACGAAGGUCGCCAAUACUGCGGCAUAUCACUUUGUUUUUAGAUAUUUUGUAAAACAAAAUUUAAAAAUAAAACUUUAAAAACAUGAAUGCAAACAUUUCUUAUUUCUACAUCUCGAUAUCUUAUCUUUUUAAUAAGAGGAGUUUCAGAAAUGCAUGUUAUGAGAUUUCGAACAGUUCGAUACAAAAAUAAAA